AACCAAAACUAAACUUAGUCUAUGCCAAUGGAGACUCUGCUUAGAAUUCUGGUAUUACUCUGUGCUUGUGUAAAUUUUUAAGACUUGUUGAGGUGCAGAAUAUUUGUGAAAUUAAUAUUAACAAAAGGGUUUAAUAAAUGGAUAUGGAAAUUCCACAGUCUUGCGACACAUUUGUCGUUUUACCACCGCUAACUAAGCAUGGAGUGGUAUUUGGAAAGAAUUCGGAUAGACCCCAAAACGAAAUCCAGGAAGUAGUGUUCUAUCCUGCUAGUGAAAGUUCAACUUCAACUAAAUGUACUUAUAUAGAAAUUGAUGCAGUUAAAGAAACAAAAGCAGUCAUUUUGAGUAAGCCAAACUGGAUGUGGGGCGCAGAAAUGGGAGCCAAUGAAUGUGGAGUUGCUGUAGGAAAUGAAGCCAUUUGGACAAAUGAUAAUGAUGGAGAACAUGAUCCCCAUGUUAAACGUUUGUUGGGGAUGGAUUUAGUUAGGUUAGCUUUAGAACGCAGUUCUACAGCUGAUGAAGCCCUUGAAAUUAUAACCAAAUUGCUAGAAAAAUAUGGUCAAGGUGGACCAUGUUCUAGUACUGAUUUGCAUUUUACAUAUCACAAUUCAUUCUUAAUAGCUGAUCCUAAUGGAGCUUGGGUUUUGGAAACAUCUGGUAAACAUUGGGCUGCUGAGAAAAUUACCAGUGGGUACAGGAACAUUUCCAAUGUAUUAUCUAUUACUACUAAAAUUGAUAAAAAAUCUGAUGGUUUAGAAGAAUAUGCAAAAUUAAAAUCUUUAUGGAAUGGAGAGGGCGAAUUUAAUUUCUGUGAAGUUUUUUCGGGGGAGAAAAAACCUGGAGAUGCUAGGUAUUUGGCAGGAAAAGAGUUGUUAAGGAAAUAUACUUCACUAAAUACCUUUAGGGAGACCGAUAUGUUUAAAGUGUUACGUGACAAAGACUCUGGCAUCUGUAGAACUUGCGAAAAUGAUUUUCCUACUCAGGGAAGUCAAGUGUCUACUCUCAGUUCUGAUCGGCCUAGCAUUCAUUGGUUUACUGCUACUCCAGAUCCUUCAAUAUCUGUUUUCAAACCUUUCAUUUUUACAAAGAAUGCCAUUAUUUCAAAACAUACAGUGUGUCCAGACAACACUAGUCCCCACAUAUUGUAUGCUCUUCACUUGAAGGCAAAUACAGAAAGCAACCAAGUACAGGAACUUCUUCAAAAUAUGGAAACAAAUUGUGUCAGAGAAUUGGAUCAGGUCAUAGAGAAUGUUGGCGAAGAUCUUUCAGAAUUUGAUGAAUUGCUUAAAGAUUGUGUAGAAACUGAAGUUAAAUUCUACCGUUAAGGAAAAAUAAUAUCUUGCUAUGUGGUGUGGUAUGGUAUUGCUUACGCUUACUUGACGGUAAAAUAAGUUGGUGAUUUUUUAAGUAAAAACUUGCAUGCCUAGUAUGUGAAGAUUGUUCAUCAUUUUUGAAUGCACUGAUUUAAAAGUUGCCUUGAUUAUUUGGUUACCAAAUUUAUAUAUGGAAUUACUGACUACUGUCUGUAAUAUGCUUUAUCAAGAAAAUCAGUAUUUAAAUUGAUAUUAACAUUCCAACUUUACAAUAUCCACUUUAAGGCUGAAUAUAACUUAUUUUUUAUUGGAAAUGAGCGCUUUUUAAUUUUAUAGUUUUAUAUAAAUUGUGAUCAAGUUGAAUAGGAAGUGUCUUUUCUAGUAACAUAAUGUGUAUAUUAGGAGCCUUCUAUAAAUAGGCUAUUUUUGACUGGGGCAAAAAUAUUGUUUCAUUUGUUAGUAUUCUCAUGGCUUAUGAGUUUUGCAUGUGAUUUAUAUAUUAAUAGUGAAAUUCCCAAAGAAAUUGACUCUGCUACCAAUCUGCUGAGAUUUAAUUAUACGUUCAUAUGGAGAAAAAAUAAUUUUUGCUUAUGCUUCUCUUAGAUUGUUCUAAGAGAUGACAUAGAAUCCCUCCCCCAGAACACGGGAAUCGGAAGAAGUUACAAAUUUUAUGAUUACAUUUUAGUGUUACUUUUGCGCUAAUAAAUUUUUAAUAAAAACUCUCCAAUUUGAGAAGGAAAUAGCACGCACCAGUCUGUAAGAGAUUACUUUGAUAAAUGUGAUGAUAUGAACGUUAUUGUUAUAUAAUCUUUGGGGUGUAAAGAUUCCUCCCGCCCUUCAAUUAUGCAAUUUCAUUUUACCUUCUAGUGUGUUUCAAAACAUUAGUUAAGUUUCAACUCUUUUUGUUUUUUAAUUACCAUAAAAUAAUUCUUUUUUUAUAUAUAUAUUUUUGCAUAUAGCUGACUACCUUUCUAGCCAAAGCUGGUAUAGCUAUUCAACUAUUUUUUUUUGUCAAUAAAAAUUUGAGUUUUCUUUUUUACUGCAUGUGGCUGUAUAGAAAACGCAAAAGUCAAGGAAACUAUCCCUUUCAAUAACUUAGAUUCUAACCUCAAACUGAUAAGUAACUAAUAGUCUUCACAGCAGCAAACACACUCAGUAGUAUUUAUAGGAAGAAUUUUUCUGUUCAAAUAUUUCUUCCUAUGCUUUUAUUGCGGCACCCGCCGAGAAAUUUAAAUGGUAACGAAACCAAGUUUAACGUAUUAUAUUAACUAUUUUAGAACAUCACUGAAGAAAAUGUAAAUUUUUAAUUGCUGUUCAUAUUUUCACAAAUGUCGGAUAUAUUUAAAAGUGCCCACUUUUUGUGGGUUUCUUAAAAACCACUAAGUGUGUGGGGAUAUUUUAAUAUCUCUAUAAGCUUCAUGUCAACACUGAAUGAGAUAAUUCCAUGGCACAUUUUUUGACUAAUUAUUAAAAUAUUUUUAAUGUAACUAUUUUUUAGCAAAUGAACGAUUAUUUUGUUUUCUAUUUUUUCUGUAUUGCCUGUUGAAGUUGUAUAUUUACUUUUUUUUAUAGAUUCUUCAAGUCAAUGAAGUGACUAGUAUUAUUGAUUUUUUUUUGCAACAGUUUAAAUACAAUAACAUAUCCUCUAUUUCUUAAUUAAAGUAGCGAUUGGCUUAAAAAGAAACUCUUCUAUCGCGAAACCAAAAGAUUAGCGUUUGUUUGUAUUAAUCAAAGUAAUAUUCAGCACAUAUAUCAAAAAUGUCCAAGGAGUCCAUGUGCAUAGGUUUAUAUAUGGCGCAUAAUUUCCCUGUACUAAUAUCAUAAACUUAAACUGUCACUUUGCCAAAGCUAUUUUUAAUUAUUGUUUGCAGUUUGCUAAAUAAAGGAUAUCUUCAACAAAACUGUCUUUUAG